UCUCCAUAAAGGAAACUAGUUCAGUGUGGAAAGCGAAACACUGCGAGUCUCACAUUGAUCCGCAUAUGGUAACUUUUGAUGGAUAUCGCUAUGAAUGCCAAGAGAAGGGAAUGUUCAUUAUGUAUAGAAAUGAAAAAUUUAAUCAGGAGGUGCAGGUGCAACAUCGUUAUUGUCUUAAACAUAAUCCACCGCCACAUCCAACAUGCAUAUGUGGAAUAGUCGCAAGAUCUGGAAAGGAUAUCUUUACAAUAAAUGGUUGUGACGGCAUGCGUAUUAUAAACUUCCCCUUGUGUGAGGACGGAUUUUUCAAGGUUUUAAGCAGUGACACUCGCUAUCAGGUCUUAUUCCCAACAGGAACUGCAGUGGAGAUUUCCAUAAUAAAUUGGCCUUCUAUGACCAGAUUUCAUAUGAAUGUUGACAUUCGUCCCUCGUAUUCAGAUGUUGGUGAAACAACUGGGUUGUGCGGAUUUCUGGAUGGUAAAAAGGAGAACGAUUUAACAUGGAGAAAUAAAACCGUUGAGGACCCUAACAAAUAUAGUUAUUAUAAUCCUCCGCAUGACUUCUCUAUGUCUUGGGAGUUACCUGACAAGGAAAAUUUGUUCCUGAAUAAGAAAGCUGUGUUUGAAAACUUACGGUCAAUUUCAGAAACGUUUACGAAAGCCUGCGUUUGUAAUGCAUCACAAGAAGAAGGUUCAGACUGUAAUGCUCUAAGCAGGAAAGCUCAGAUUGUGUGUAAUGUUGGUACAUUUGAAAACUGCAAAUAUAAGGGAAGGAGUUAUCAAUGCAUUGUACACGAUUCUACGCGUAAAAGAAGGAAAAGGGAUUUGUCACAUCUUAUAAACAUGAUGGAAAAUGCUCCUUUGGAUGCUGAAGAAAUUAAUAUAGCGGAAAGAAGCAAAAGACAAGUCUACGACUUGAGGACGGAAAAGGAAUCCCAAGAAUUUUGCAACAAAGCUUUUGAGGAAUCCAAAGCCUUUAAAACCUGUCGGCAAUAUCUCUCUGAUUUAAGUAAUAGAGCUGUUGACAACUGCAUUUCGGAUCUGAUGGUAACCGGUGACAGAAAUAUUUCAAGGAUACACAUUGAAUCAGCUCUACAGCAAUGUUCUAGUCUUGUUCUUCUGAAUUCAACCUUUCAAAAUGAACAACCAUCAGUGACACAUUUCAUCGAAUCACUUUGUCCCAAUAACUGUAGUGGAAAUGGGAAAUGUAAUGAAGGACAAUGUACUUGCAACAAAAACUUUGCGGGAAGUGACUGUUCUUUUGAUAUACUUGGGCCUCCAAAUAUAAGACAUAUUUCAGACUUUGGUUUCUGUGACAAGUCUUAUGAAGAAUGCGAUGAAAUAACUAUGUAUGGAGAGCUGUUUUUAGAACAAAUGGAUACUGAUUGCUAUAUGACAAGAAGAACGUUUCAGCAAGAUGGAACAUAUUCCCAAGAAUUCUUUAGAAGCAGUUUGGAGCCGAGAACACUAUUUGAAGGAUAUUGUCUUUUGUCAUACAGCAUUGAAUCCCACUGGUUGACAGAAUUUACAUUCAAUGUUUCAAACGAUGGGAUCGAAUUUACAGAUAAUUUUAAUGUGUAUACAUAUCAAUCAGACUGUCAGGAAAUGAAAAAUGUCAGUGGAAACAUCAGUUUUACGUUAAAGAGUGGCUACUGUUUCAUCGAUGGAAGAUGUUAUAUAGAUGGAGGUACAAAUCGUGACAACCAAUGCGAUUUGUGUAAUAUCACUCAGGACAAAUAUAGCUGGUCAUUCAAUCCGGAUCACUGUUUAAUAAAUGGUGAGUGUUAUAGAAACGGAGAAAUAAGGGGGACAAAUCCGUGUAGUGCAUGUCUCUCCUCUGUGGACAAGUGGAACUGGUCAAAUAACCCAGGAUAUUGUUACAUUGAUGACAUUUGCUACUUUGACAACCAAACUCAAAGAAACAAUGAUUGUUAUAAAUGUAACUACACACGGAACAGGACGGAAUGGACAUUCAAUGAAGGUCAUUGUUUAAUUAAUGACCAAUGCUAUAAAGCGGGAGAGAAUCAUCAAAUAAACGGAUGUUUAAUAUGUGAUCCCAAUCAGUACAGGAAUAACUGGACUCUGAGUAUUGGGUAUUGUUUUGUUAAUGAUUCCUGUAUACAGGACGGGAAGUCGGAAGAAAAUAACCCCUGCUUGAUUUGCAGCAUCUCUAUCAGCACUGACUCUCUGAUUCCAAAUCCUGUGUACUGUGAUAUUGAUGGACUUUGCGUGGCGCAUGCGUCAAAGAACGACGAUAAAUCUUGUUUAUAUUGCAACGUGUCAAUCAACAGAGAAAGUUGGUCACUGGACCAAGGAUAUUGUUUUGUCAAUGAUUCUUGCAUACAAGAUGGGAAAUGGGAGGAAAAAAAUCCCUGUCUGAUGUGCAACAUUUCCACGAGCAGAGACUCGUUAACUCCAAAUCCAGGUUACUGUGAUAUUGAUGGACUUUGUGUUGGUCAUGCUUUCAAGAACGACAAUAAAUCUUGUUUAUAUUGCAACACAACAAUCAACCGAAGAAUCUGGUCAUUGGAUCAAGGUUUUUGCUUUAUCAAUGAUUCCUGUAUGCAGAAUGGAGUGUCAGACAAAAUAAACCCAUGUUUUAUGUGUAAUACAUCAGCCAACAUGUACUCCUUGUCUCCAAAUCUGGCAUUCUGUUAUAUCGAUGAUAUCUGUGUAGCCAAUGAUCAGGGAAAUGAGACGAAGUCCUGUUUUUUUUGCAACACGACAAGCAACAGGGAGAGCUGGUCAUUGCGUCAAGACUUCUGUGUGAUUGAUGGAGAUUGUAUUACACAUGGGAGUAGCGAAAAGAACAACGACUGCAGAGUUUGUGAUGCAUAUAGCAACAACAGCUUUUGGCAAAUAAAGGAUGGUCACUGCUAUAUACAUGAGACAUGUUUUAAAGAUUCGGAAGUGAAUACCACAUUUCCCUGUCAGAUAUGCAAUUCAUCAAGCGAAAUCUUCGAAUUUUCAUCAAAUGAAGCAUACUGCAAUAUUGAUGGUCUGUGUGUGCCUAAUGGAAGUAAAAACCAUCGCAAGUCUUGUUUGUAUUGUAACACGUCACUAAGCCAGGAAAUAUGGUCCUUCAAUCAAGAAUAUUGCAUGAUAAAUGGGAGCUGCAUAAAACAUGGAAGCUCCGAACCGAACAAAGAUUGUAGAAUGUGCGAUGUAAAUUCAAACAAAACUGACUGGCAUAUAAAAGAUGGCUACUGCUACAUACGAGAAAACUGUUUUAAGAAUAUGGAGGUGAAUGUAUCAUUUCCCUGUCAGAUUUGCAACUCAGAUCAGGAUGUUAAUGAGUUUUCAUCAAACGAAGGGUACUGUAACUUUGAUGGUUCCUGCAUUGCUGACGGACAAAAAUUUUUUGCCAAACCCUGUUUGUAUUGUAACACGUCACUCAGUUUAGACACCUGGUCUUUCAAUCAAGAAUACUGCAUGAUAAAUGGAACUUGCAUAAAACAUAUGAGCACAGAGACGAACAAAGAUUGCAGAAUCUGCGAUGCAUAUACCAACAAAAAAGUUUGGCAAAUAAAAGAUGGCCAUUGUUAUAUACAAGAAAAAUGUUUCAAGAAUUCUGAGGUGAAUGUAACAUUUGCCUGUCAGAUGUGCAAUUCAUCCUAUGAUGUUUAUAAAUUUUCAGCGAACCCAGCAUACUGUAAUAUAGGCGAUCUUUGCGUGGCUGAGGGGGAGAAAAACAAAGUCAAGUCUUGUUUAUAUUGUAACACAUCAAUCAGUAGGGAAGACUGGACAUUCAAUCAAGAAUUUUGCAUGAUAAAUGGUGUUUGCAUAAGACAUGGGAGUACCCAGCAGAACAAAGAUUGUAGAGUCUGUGACGUUCAUACCGACAACAGUGCCUGGCAAAUAAAAGAUGGGCAUUGCUACAUACAGGACACCUGCUAUAAAAACAUGGAAGUGAAUACAACUUAUCCGUGUCAUAUAUGCAAUACACAGAACGAUGUGUUUGAUUUUUCAUCAAAUUCAGCAUACUGCAAUAUCGGUGAUCUUUGUGUGGCAGAUGGUCAGAAGAACAAUGUCAAAAACUGUUUAUACUGCAACACAUCACUUACCAGAGGAAAAUGGUCAUUAAGUCCUGGUCACUGUUUGAUAGAUGGACUUUGCGUGAAUCAGGGAAGAUCAGAACAGGGAAAAGAUUGUAAAGUUUGCGAUUCAUCCAGCAACAAAAGUGUUUGGAAAAUAAAGGAUGGACACUGCUACAUAAAAGAAAGUUGUUUCAAAGAUUUUGAAAAAAAUCCUGAUAUUCCCGGCCAGUUUUGCAACUCAUCAAACAAUGUAUAUGCAUUUUCUACAGACACAGACUGCCUGUCUUCAACAGAAGGAAAUGUUUCACAAGAAUCCCUAUUUUCUAAUCCAAUAUUUAUUGCAACUGUGUCGCUAAUAGUUGCUGUCUGUGUCAUAACCAUCGUCAUAAUAGUUAUUUAUAAAGUUAAAAUGAAAAUGACAGAGAAUUGGUCUAUUAGAAACGAGGCAAGAACUAGAGGAAAUGUAGGAUUAACUCUUUACAAAAAGGUUAACACGGAAGACUUACCUCCUCUAGAAACUUAGAUAUACGUGUAAAAUAAAUUUUAAUAUUUUUUAAAAUGCAUAAUAUUUUGAGUUUUUGAGUUUGAAUUAAUAAAUGAAUGUCAUUUCCGAAUUUUGUCUUAAUAUAAA